AUGCUUAUAUACCUAGACACAGAUGCAUUUAUAGCUGUAUACGUGUAUACUAAUAAGACUGUGUCAAAUGCAAGAUUGCCCAACAAAGAGCUCCCCCCAUCCACCACAGUCAAGUUCCCUCGCUGGAACUCCACCAAGGAACACUUCGCCGAUUGCCCAACAAAGAGCUCCCCCCAUCCACCACAGUCAAGUUCCCUCGCUGGAACUCCACCAAGGAACACUUCGCCGUCAAGACUGCCCAACAAAGAGCUCCCCCCAUCCACCACAGUCAAGUUCCCUCGCUGGAACUCCACCAAGGAACACUUCGCCGUCGUCUCGGAGGUGAACCUGACUGUUGCUUUGUCCAUAUUUGGAGAAGAUCUUGUCCUUUGUUGGGACGGAAACCAGACGGCCGUCAAGGCGAGCGAAGGAGACUGUCAAGGCUUGCCAGCCCGCGAGGUGCACAAGGUCACACUCGAUUACGAGACACAGGAGAUCAAGAGUGCUGAUGGCCGAGUUCUGAGAAGACUGAAUAGCACCAACGCAAAUAAAGAUGACCUGAUGAAGAUGAAGGCUGACGGAGGCAAGGCCUGGGCUGUGCAGAGUCUGGGAGACUGGCCUCACCCUCACGACCAAGACCAAAGCACGGACAACCAAGUGGAGUAACUGUUGAGAACCUUCCUGCACUUCAACGGACGCCACACCAUUCGACAAGACUGGGAAAACCUCCUGAUGACUUGAUUUAGCCAAAAUUGAUUUUUUUUUCUCUCAAUUGCUGGGUAUGAAACUAGAGAUGUCGUCAAGGCUAGCGGUGGCUUUCAUGAAAUACCUAAGGGUCAUGUAACCAAAUAUAUAACACUAAAUCUCACCUCUCCUGGACAAAGCAAGGCGUCUCCCAGUCAACAACUUUAAUUACGUAUGUAUGGAUGUAUAGAUGUAUAAUCAUGAUCAUUAUCAAUAUUAAUGUUAUCAUCAUUAUAAUCGUUAUUAGCAUUAUUAUUGUUAUAUUUUUUAUAUUUUCAUUUUUAUUAUAGAUGUUAUCAUUAUUCUGGCGGUGAUGGUGAUAUGUUUAUCAUUAUUUCCAUCAUUAUCCUUAUAAAUACCUAUUAUUGUCUACAUCGCUGUCUAUUACUCUUGUUUGCAUUAUUAUCUGUAGCAAUAUUACUUUCACCUACUGUACUGGGACAAUCCAACGUGAUUCUCGUUUCUUGAUAAAUCUUAUUCGUAGAGGGCUCUACAAAUGUUUGGUUAACAAGGAGUCAAAUACUACCCUAACCUGUCUUACCUGUUUAUCCUUUUCCUUGAUUUUCGGAAAGAUUUUAUGUUUAUUUUUCAUAGUUAUUAGUAUUUAAUAUUUUUUUUUUAUUAGCUAUAAUGUUAUUAUUAGUAAUAACUGUAUCGACAUCAAUAUCUGCAGAAAGUUUUUUUUUUAAUUCAAGGUGGUGAAAUCAGACCAUCAGAGUCAAAUUUGUAAAAAUAAACUACAAAUAUUCCCCUAAAAUACAGUGGGCAGUACGCAAUCCCGUGCUCAGUAGGUUGACAUUAUACUUUGUUAUUGUUAUCAUAGUUAUUGAUGUUAUAAUACUCAUUUUUAUUAGAGGAUAGAUACCCACGACCUCUCUCUAGAUCUGCCAGAGAGCAAAUAAAACGGCAAUUUUUCCCUUUUUCUCUGUCUCACAAACCUGCAUGUUAUGAUCAAAAGCAGUCUGUCCGGUUCGUAUUCCCGUGCUCUGUGAAGCCGAUACUUUGCAGAAAACGGCGGUCAGUGAGGGGUGGGUUAUCUAAGUGGACUGCUUUGCAAAUAAAGGAAAGAGGAUUGAGUAAUAGCAAGGAAGAUUUAGCUAACUCACUCUCGCUCUCUCUCUCUCUCUC